AUGGCAGUUUCCAUCAUGGACAAAGUUAUUUUGAAAAACAUGAGGUUCGACAUUCCCGUCGGCCUUGAUGCCUGGCGUCGUUUCCGCAAACCUCAGCCUGUGUCGAUCACCAUCGAGGCUCAGCCUACAUCAACCCUUGAGCCGGCGGCUUCCAAGGAUGAUGUGAAUCUCUCCAUGGAUUAUGGCAAGUUGUACAAGAGGAUCACCGCGGCAUUCAAGGACGCCGAUCCCGAAGCCUUUCCGACCAUUUAUGCCCUGAUCGGUUUAAUCUCCAGCCUGGUACCAAACUGUGGUCUGCUCACCAUCGAAAUUGCCCUUCCCAAAGCUUUGCUGCAGGCUAGAGGCGGCAUGCUCUACCAAUAUCAGGUCGACAAGUCCGAGCUGGAAAUUGACACUUCAAGCCUCACUGUGACGGUCAAACAGAUUGCCUGUACCUGCAUCAUUGGAGUCAAUCCCCAAGAGCGCAUCUACAAGCAGACCUUGUUCAUCGACGUUAGCGUACCUCUUGUCGACCCUGCUCUGGGAGUUGGUGCUCUGGAAGAACAUUACACCGCUGCUCUGCACGACAUGGUUCAAACAGUGGUUGAACGCGUCGCAGGUUCAGCGUACCACACAAUCGAAUCUCUGGCAACGGCCGUGGCCCAGAUUGUAACAAUGAACUAUGGACACACGGUCGCCAAAAUCCGCAUCGAAAAACCGAGCGCCAUUGCUUCCAUAGAAGCCGCCGCUGUCGAAAUCACCCGCAGCAAAACAUUCUUCGAGAACAAAGACUUCUGGAAGGUCAAGCUCCCGUAA